GCCGCCCGAUGAUGGAGGCAAGGGGAAAGGUGGCAGCAAGGGCAAAGGCGGCAGCAAGGUCAAGGGGGCCAACAACAAGCCGCCAUUUGAUCCUGCACCGGAAGCAAAGCAGAUGGAGCUGGAGAAGAACAAACCAGCGUACAAAUGGGUGUUGCGCGAACAGGAGGUGGAACCUUUGGGGUAUGGCAACUACUGGCACAAGUGCAAGCUCUGUGGCCGGUUGUGGACAGCGUCAUACACACGUGUUGUCGUCCAUUUCACAGCGAAGAGGGACCCAUGUCCUGGGCGGACCGGGAAGAUCCUCCAUAUCCUAGCGAGCAAGGGGGCGAAGAUCGACUGUCCUAUCACGCAACCCGUGGUGGACGCUGCGGAGGAAGUCACCUUGGCGGAGUUCAUCGUGCCCCCUCCGGGAUCUGCAACAGCACGACCAUCCGCCAAGUUGCAACAAGCUUCCAUCCGACAGUGGACAGAAAACACCUCGCAGCAGCGCUUGGACAUCGCGUGGGGGUUUCAUUUGUACGAGCACGGGGCUCCCUUCAACUACGUGACCGGGGAGAAGACGCAAGAGCUCCAUGAGUUGUACUUGGAGCUGGGGGAGAAGAAGCAAAGGGUGAAGAUGCCGAACAGAAUGCAGAUGGCCAUAGUUGUCCUCGACAUUGCAUACGAACAGACACGAGACUGGAUGAGGCCGCACGGAGGGAUGGGAUGUCACAGGCUGCACACUGAUCACGGACGGGUGCAUGGAUCGCAAGUUCCGACCCGUCAUGAACUUCAUUGCAGCCGGCGAGAGCAGAGCUGUUUUGCUGAAGGUGGUCGAUAUGUCGAAGUGAAAGAAGACUGCAAUCGCGUUGGCAAAGUUGUGGGAGGGGAUAACGUCGAGGUGAACAAGCAUGCGGCCAGGCUGUUGAGGAGGCGAACAGAUCUCAACAUCUCAAGGAUUCCGUGGGUGCCUUGCGCGGCUCAUUGCCUCAACUUACUUCUCAAGGGAAUUAGCUACGAGCCAUGCGUCCACGAGUUGUACAAGAGGGGCAAGACCAUUGUCAAGUGCAUCAAGAACCACCACAAGACAGCGCAGCUGUUCCUUGACAGCUUGGAGACAGAACGGACCAGGACACUCAUCAUGUCUACGGACGUGCGGUUUGCCUCUGUGUACCUCAUGUUAGAGAGGUUGUUCGACCGGAAGAAGGUGCUGAAGAACAUGAUGAAGGAAGGGUGGCUGGACAUCAAGUGGUCUUCGAGGAAGAAGCGCAACAUUGCUGAUGUUGUGUACAUGACAAUUCGCUCUGACGAUUGGUGGAGGGAGGUGGAGGCGGCCGUGGAUAUCAUGUAUCCGGUGUACGAUCUGUUGCGGAAGAUGGACAAGAGCGGGACCGCCCCGUACCAGUUGUGGGGCUUCGAGGAUGCGUUGAUAAAGCGGAUGGCCACCAUUCCCACCCUCACACCAGCGCGGCAGGAAUCCAUUGCGAAGAAAGUGAGGAAGCGUUGCAAAAUGAUGCACCAGCCGGUGCAUGCAGCAAACUUCCUCCUUAACCCCGCAAAGCGCGACCCUCGAUGGAUGCAAGACCCUGAGUGCCCGCUUGUGCAGAACACCAUGAAGUUUUUGCUGUCUCAAUGCAAGGAGGGGGCGCUCUGGGGGUGCAAGGAGCAGCUCCACUUGUGGGAAGAUUUGAAAGUGUUCCAUAAAGAGCCGAAGGGGAAUUCGAGCCUGCCACCCGCUAAGCAAGACAGUUUGUGGACAGACUUCGCGAAGUUCGACAGCAGCCUUGACAAGCACACCUCUUCAGAUUGGUGUUGGUGUCACGGGAAGAGUCACCCGAAACUGCAACGCAUAGCAGUUCGUGUGACAGCGAUGUGGAGCACGGCUACACCGUGCGAGCGCAACUGGUCCACUUUGGACCUCGUGCAUGAGAAGAGGAGAAACCAGCUUUCCAGCGAGACUAUAAACAAGCUUGUUUAUGUGCACUGGAACCUGCAAUUGUUGAAGGUGAAGAAGAAGAAGGCAGGGGGCUUCAUCGACAUAUGGGCUGAUUUCUUUGGUGUAAACGGUCCUCUGCCCGCUGCAGAUCCUGACAUUCUUCCCGAUGACGCGCUCCCGUCAGCGGAAGAGUUGGCUUGGCGGGAUCGUCUGAGGAAGACGCCGUACGAAAGAGUUCCGAAGGUGGGGAGGGUGGACCAGUCCAGCGGGACCGACAACAAUGAUGAUGGGGAGGAUCUGCGUGUGGAGGAGGAGGAAGCGAGGCGUGUGGCUGUUCCCCCUCGGACCGCAGGAAGUGUGGCCGUUGCAGCAAGUGGUGGGCAACAGACCGAAGCGGCAUUGGAGGAAACAGCGUCCGGGUCACAAACGCACCGUGAGUUGACCGAAACGACACUGCAAGGUUGUAAUCCAUCCGCCGAAUCGAACGAGGAAGCACAGGAAGACGGGCAUGGUGCACAAGGCAGGCCAGAUGUGUCGCAUGUCUACAAGAGGCGGACGCAUGCAGCCUCUGCACGUCCACCUCCCAUUGUGCCCUCCGAAGAGUCUCAGCCAGACUUCCCUCCUUUGCUUGCUGAAUUGCAGCACGACAACCUAGAGAAGAGCACGGUGGGAAGGAAGAGGAAGGAGGUGGAACAGACUGCACCAAUCGCUACAGCAAAGAGGGGACGGGGAAGACCUCGGAAACAAAGACCUGAGAUGGUGUGUGAAGCGGGAGAUCUGCCCCGUCGCAGAGAACGAAAAGAGCGGGCGGCAAAGAAGAACCAGCAUGUCAUUGAAGAUGACGACGAAUCCACGGAUCAAUCGGGGGACAACAGCGGCGGCGGCGACGACGACCUCGGCUCGGGCGAUGAAUGGCGUUAGAUGAUGAUGAUGAUGAUGAGAGAGAGAGAGAGAGAGAGACAGAGAGAGAGAGAGAGAGAGAGAGAGAGAGAGAGACAGAGAGAGAGAGAGAGAGAGAGAGAAAAAAAAAAAAUUGAUAUCCGUGUUUUUCACGGUUGCAAUGUGUUUGCAACUUUUGAAACAGUCUGGAGAAUGCGCAAAACUC